GGACGGCUUCCCGGUUGCUGGGCAACGCCCCCUGCCCCGCCUCCUAAGCUUUGGCACCACCCCAGUUGCGGGGCAACGCGUCUCCGCCCUCCCUUCCCUCUGGCCUCCCUUUGGCGCCGCCCCCUGGUUGCCAGGCGACAGCCCCCCUCCCGCUCCACUAGCCGGCCUAGCCCCGACGCCGCCAUGCGCGUGGUCGAUCUGUGCCUGGCUUCCGAGGGCACCGAGGUCAUCUUGGCCACGUCCAGCGACGAGAAGUACCCGCCCGAGAACAUUAUUGAUGGGAAUUCCACCACGUUCUGGACGACCACGGGGAUGUUCCCCCAGGAGUUUGUUAUUUGCUUUCACAAACACGUGAAGAUUGAGAGACUCUCCCUUCAGUGCUAUUUUGUGAAGAGCAUAAGAAUUGAGAAAAGCAACGCCAAAGAACCAGUUGACUUUGAACGGUGGGUGGAAAGAGACCUGGUGCACACUGAGGGACAGCUUCAGAUUGAAGAGUUUAUGUUCCGGGACGGCUAUGCCACUCACUUGCGGUUCAUUAUCAAGUCAGCCUUUGAUCACUUUGUGUCGGUGCACAAAGUUACUAUAGAAGGACUCAGUGUGUCAUCCCUCACCUAAGGAUUCCCAAAACCAGCGUGUGUGUGCUUUUGUACUAGUAUUUGUGUAAAUAUGCAGUUGCCCUUGGAGCGUAUUAAAGGGCUUUGUAUUCA